UUGUCCCUUCUAAAGGCUGCCGCGAACUUGCUGAUGCCCACAAGGCUGAGGGACCUGAGCGCGGACACUGUGCUCAUCACCGGCGGAGGCAGGGGGAUCGGCCGACACCUCGCUAAGGAGUUCGCAAAGCAGAAGGCUAAAAAGGUAACUGGCGCCACCCCCUGCUCUUUAUUAAUUCAAUUAAUCCACAUCAUCGGGACGGGCUGCUUCCCUGUCACGCUUUGACCCCCCAGUGCUAAAGAUGCAGCAGUCUGACUCCCUCAGGGAUCCGUCAGAAUGGCAAGAGCGCAAACAUGCCCCGAUGCUCCUCCCACUUGUCCCUAUCACUACAACUAGUGUUGCCCUCUGCACCAACCAACCAACCUUGUACAUUGGCUUCACCCUUACUGACUGUAGAGUGCCAGUCUGCCCACUGAUUCCUAUUCCUAGGGAAAGUCCAUUGGUCCAUCUGUGGGUAGAGCGUUUGGACUAAAACAUUGGGCAUAAUCUGCCAAAUUAAUCAGAGUAGAAAAACUGUGGAGGGUUGGUGAGUCCCAUUGGCAGACAACAGAGCCAGAACAGAUUAUUAGAUCCAUGGGGCAUAUCUCACUGUUUGUGGGUAAUACCACUUCUGCCUGGAGAUUGAUAGAGGGGUGGUGGGCUUGAUGUAUAGGGAUGGAGGGUCCAACCAGAGGUCUUAUAUCUUCUAGUUUCCCCUGACUGCAGAAGGUAUAGGUACAACAGCUUGUGCUAUUUCAGCAGAUGUAUUUACUAUAUUAUAUCACUUGAAUUCACUACAAUGGACGAUCAGGUCAUUGACUUUACUGAGAGCAGAAAUUGUUCUAUAGAGCCCAGAAUUAUAUGGCUUGCUCUAUACCAAGGGUGUCGGCAACAGCUACAGAGAUAGAACUUGAACCUAUAUAGAAUUCCUAUGAUAUGUGACGUCUCUUUGACAGGUGGAAGGUUUCUGGAAGUUUUAUUUCUCCAAUAGAGCAAUGCAUGGAGUGGUAAAUGGUUUUUGGUGGCUCUCCUGAUAGAUGACAAAAACAUUGCCGCAUUAGUCAAUUAUUUGUAAGUCUCCGUUGAAUUCAGAAUGGCCAUGGCCCUGAGGCAAAGAAGAAAGAGCACAGCAACCCAAGUGUUACAACAUUCUAUUUACUGGGGGAAAAAACGAGGGAAACAAAAGCAAGAUUUUGUAACAAUGCAAACAAAAUAUUACGCCACUUAUUUUGAUUCUGAUUCCAAUCAGCCAGUUGGUUCAUUUGCCCCAAAGCAAUAGGCGGGUAUCCAUUGAGGCGUUAAUAACUGAGGCUGCUGGAGUCUGAUCAGGUUAAGAGUUCUCCUUAGUAGGAACUGCCAGUGUAUUUUGUCGUUCACUAAGCAACGAGUGUCAUGUGCCUUUCCUUCUCAAAGAGACAUUGCUUCAGAUGAAACCAUGUGGAGGCGAAUAUUUUGAAUGGAGAGGAUUUUGUCCUGUCCUAAUGACAUUUCACUUUGAACGUCGCGUAGUCCAAACAAAUGACAAUCUGGAUAAUUUUGUGGGGCCGGACAGAGAGGUGCCUUAAGGAAACUGCUGAAGAAAUUAAGCAAAUGGGGACAGAUUGUUCAUACUUUGUAUGUGAUGUUGGUAACCGUGAGGAAGUCUACCAACAAGCCAAAGCUGUCAGAGAAAAGGUUGGAGAUGUAACCAUUCUAGUGAACAAUGCAGCAGUGGUGCAUGGCAAGAGUCUCAUGGAUAGUGAUGAUGAUGCUCUCUUGAAGUCCCAACACAUUAACACACUAGGACAAUUUUGGACUACAAAAGCUUUCCUGCCACGUAUGCUGGAACUUCAGAAUGGCCACAUUGUUUGUAUAAACUCUGUGCUGGCCUUAUCUGCAAUCCCUGGUGCCAUUGACUACUGCACUUCCAAAUCUUCCUCCUUUGCCUUCAUGGAAAGCUUGACCUUGGGGCUUUUGGACUGCCCAGGCGUAAAUGCUACAACAGUAUUGCCAUACCACACCAACACAGAGAUGUUUCAAGGAAUGAGAGUAAGGUUUCCUAGCCUUUUCCCAUCUUUAAAGCCUGAAACAGUAGCUACAAAAACAGUGGAGGCUGUUCAGAAGAAUAAAGCAUUUCUGCUACUUCCAUGGACAAUGCAUGCACUUGUGAUCUUAAAAAGCAUCCUUCCUCAAUCAGCACUUGAAGAAAUACACAGAUUUUCAGGAGCCUACACCUGCAUGAACACUUUCAAAGGGAGGACAUAGAUCCCACGAGAGACUACUGUGCACAAACAGGCACAAGCAAUCCUAAAAAGACUGUGGAGCCGAGUCUCUAACUGUCAUGCCCGGGUCUUAUUGGCCAAUGCUCUUGCAGCAAAUCGUUCUUCCAGGUCAUCCAUCCUGUAACGUGGCCUUUGGGCAGGCCCCUAUUGCUGAACUCUAUGGACUCUGGAGCACGUCAAGUGAAUUUUGUUUUCCUUCCUUUUAGCGAUUUAGAGUUUUUACUGUUUAACUCUGCUGUUGGCAAGAAAAGGUUCAAAUUUUACUUUUUUUAAUCUGCUUUUAGCAACUAUGGAAGCGACAGUUGCGUUGUGUUGUAGCUUUCAACUCGAACCAAUCCUGUUUCUAAUCCAGUGAAAAUAUUGGAAAUCAUUAGAGUGUUCACCCCUCCCCCAAAGCAUAUUUUCUCAGGAUAAUUAACAGCUGCCAUAUUGGUAUAUUCAUCUGACAAAACACAAUACUUAAAUUUAAGUAAGGUUUUAAUAUAUUUUGUUAAGCUAUUAACUUUUAAAUGGCUUAGGAUUUAGUUAUUUUCUUUAAAGGGCUUGAAAAACAAAAUCAGGUUUUGUACAGCUUUGUUUUUAAGGUGUAUUUAAAAGGGGAUAUAACUUGACGCCCUUUACUUAAAUGCUUUGUUGACAUUUAAUUGAUAACCGUAACUAAAAUAUUAUACAUUAGAACAUGUAUGUCCACUCGUGCCGAGAGAGAAAACUGGUCCACCAUGUUAUUCAUAUCUUGCGAGGCUCAAAGUAAAAGGUUUGGAAAAGAGUGUGAAUGGGAUUUGUUGAUUAUUUGCUAAGGAUGUAAAUUAUUCGGUUUGUGUGGUUAUUCCUUUGUAUUGCUAUUGUGUUAUAAUAUAAAUCUGAUUUAUACAUUAA